ACUACAACCGCAAGGUGUCCCCCAGCAGAACUCAACGGCUGCUUUAUAAACGAAGCAUCGGAGGUGAAGGAGCUUCGAUAUGAGUUCUUUGCUUCAGGGCUCAUUGAAAAUUUUCGGUGUUGGAAGACUCACAUUCUGGUUUAUCUGCUAUCGCCUUUUGUUUCUGCGGAUUGGGUAUUGAAUGAUUUGUCUCUACGAAUUAAGAAAUUGGUUAAAAUAGAAAUCUUUGAUUGAGCUGCAGUGAAGUUUUUGAGAAAUGGAUGUGAAACUUGCGCAACGAUUGCAAAUUUCUACUGCAUGGACCGAUUCUGAAAAGUUCGUCAGGGAGCAUCCCACCAGUUCAUUGAGGUUUGCCUGGAGAUUGAAGGGAAAACAGAAAUUUCCAGCGUUUGUUUCGGCUUAUUUUCUGCCCGCGAGAAAUAAAAAUAGGCACAGAUCAGUUUCCUUGGAGGUUUUAUGUUCUUACAAGAACUCCCCAGCUUCAGUUAUGGAAUCUGGAAGUUCCCAUGCUUCUUGUGAUGAAUAUCUGAUUUUGAAGAAUAAGUCACAAGAGGUUGAGCCUUACAUAAAUGGACGCUGUAUAUAUCUUGUUGGAAUGAUGGGCUCUGGGAAAACCACUGUGGGCAAGAUUCUCUCACAAGUACUUGGUUAUUCGUUUUGUGACUGUGACACAUUGGUGGAGGAGGAGGUAGAUGGAACACCUGUAGCUGAAAUCUUUAAGCUCUACGGAGAGGGCUUCUUCAGAAAUAAAGAGACUGAGGCCUUACAGAAGUUAUCUAUGAUGCAUCGGCUUGUUGUUUCUACUGGUGGAGGUGCAGUUGUACGGCCCAUUAACUGGAAAUACAUGCAAAAUGGGGUUAGUGUUUGGUUGGAUGUGCCUUUAGAAGCCUUAGCACAGAGGAUUGCAGCAGUGGGAACUAAUUCUCGUCCACUUUUGCAUAAUGACUCAGGCAAUGAAUACACAAAGGUUUUCAGGCGUUUGUCUACUUUGCUUGAAGAGAGAGGUGAAUGUUAUGCGAAUGCCAAUGUUAGGAUUUCUCUGGAAAAUAUUGCGAUGAAACAAGGAUAUAGAGAUGUUUCCAGUAUCACACCGACUGCAAUUGUGAUUGAGGCUUUAGAACAAAUUGAGGAUUUCCUGCAAGAGGAGGGCAUUGACUUUAAUGGGAAUGUUGCUUAACUGACCCUGGUUCUGAAUUUUGAUGCCCUGUGUGUGAUUUUGCUUCCUAUUCGAGCUGUAGCUUAUGCCAUGUUUCUUUUUUAUUCGCAGAACAUGGCGUGUUACUUGUACAUAUUCGUUCUAUGUGAUCUGAGGUGGAAAGUUGUGUUUUGUGA